GAAGAUUUCAAUCGCAAGUUAGUAAUUGGUAUGCCGGGGAAAGAGAAAGUAGAAGGUUUUAAACGGUACAAAAUUUUGCUUGGAAUGAUGGGGCUGGAUCAGUUGGCGACAACGUCCGAGAGCCGAUUACAGCAGUCUUUGUCAACUCCUUGCCCACAUGACGAGCAGUCAUCCAGAAAAGACUCCGAAUAUAGGCGGUUUAAGUCAGAAGGAUCAUCCGGAGGUGCACUACCAGCAGGCCCGGAAAUGGAAGUGGCCAUCGACGAUCUCUCACCGAUAACAGAUGCCCAGUCUACACAAAAUCGUCGGUUUAAUCUGAUUACGGUAAUUUAA